GGCCGCGGUCGGCGAGCAGUGCGGGGGACGAGACAGAACAGGAAGGCCCGAGGGUCCGAGCGCGGCCCCGGCAGCCCGAGCACAAGUGACUUUGCCACCCCCGCGCCCUCCUCGCGCCAUGAUCCAGCCCGUGCCUCGGCUCUCUGUGCCCGCCGCGCUGGCCCUGGGAUCGGCUGCUCUGGGCGCUGCCUUCGCUACCGGCCUUUUCCUGGGGAGACGGUGCUCUUCACGGCGAUCCCGGCGAGAGAAGCGCCUGCUGCCCCCCGAGGACAGCCCCCUGUGGCAGUACCUGCUGAGCCGCUCCUUGCGGGAGCACCCAGCGCUGCGGAGCCUGCGGCUGCUGACGCUGGAGCAGCCGCAGGGAGAGUCCAUGAUGACCUGUGAGCAGGCCCAGCUUCUGGCCAACCUGGCGCGGCUCAUUAAGGCCAAGAAGGCGCUGGACCUGGGCACGUUCACAGGCUACUCGGCCCUAGCACUGGCCCUAGCCCUGCCCCCGGCCGGGCGCGUGGUGACCUGCGAGGUGAACCCGGGGCCCCCGGAGCUGGGGCGGCCCCUAUGGCGGAAGGCUGAAGAGGAACACAAGAUUGACCUUCGGUUGAAGCCCGCCCUGGAAACCCUGGAUGAGCUCCUGGACGCGGGCGAAGCUGGCACCUUCGACGUAGCCGUGGUGGACGCCGACAAGGAGAACUGCACCCUCUACUACGAGCGGUGCCUGCAGCUGCUGCGCCCCGGAGGCAUCCUCGCUGUCCUCAGUGUCCUGUGGCGGGGACGAGUGUUGCAACCCCAACCGCGAGACUUGGAAACGCAGUGCGUCCGAAACCUGAACGAGCGCAUCCUGCGCGACGCCCGGGUGCACAUCAGCCUCCUGCCCCUGGGCGACGGCCUCACCUUAGCCUUCAAAAUCUAAGGCUGCCCCUAGCCACGGCCUCGGUGGAGGGGACCUGGGAAUCCCAGCCAUCGACCCCGUUUUAAAUCCGUCAAUAAAGUGGGUCCGAGACACAA